AUGGCAGACAGGAUGUCGACGAAGCUGUAUAUCCCCCAGCCUGCCGAUAACUGUACACUCGUUGGCGUCUUGGAGCAACUAGAACCGAAUAAACCUACGUAUGGCAGGAAGAUUGCACUGAUUCUGCAUGGAACCAUGGGUCAUAAAGAUUAUCUCUUUCAAAAGCGGCUUGCUGCGCGAUUGCCGCUAGAUUCUGUCCGAUUUGACUUCCGCGGGAGCCAUGAGAGUGGAGGACAGUGGAGGUAUGGUGGGUUCGCGGAAGAUGUCCAAGACAUUGUCACCGUCGUGGCUUUCCUCCGCAAAAAUCAUGGAUACGAAAUCGAUAUGAUAGUGGGUCACUCUCGGGGGUCUGUCGUUGGCAUGCACUGGUUGUGCACAUCGGAGGAAGGGAAACGCGUUACGGCCAUGGUUAAUGUCUCGGGACGUUACCGAAUGCAUAGGAUCUACGAUCGGAUGGAUACAUACAAGGAAGCGUUCGAUACUACGGGAUACUACGAGUGGAAGGUGACCGUUGCGCGCCAACCAGUCAUCGAACGAGUAUAUCCAAAAGACCUGAAGGAAUUUGCAAGCUGGGACACCAGCAUCGUGUGGGAUAACUUCCCGUCCACGAUAAAUGUCCUCACAGUACAUGGACUCGUUGAUGAGGUGGUACCGGUUUAUGAUGCUCUUAUUUACGCGCGUGCGUUUGGUUCGAGGACUCCCGGGACACAUGUCCUUCACCUGAUGGAGGACGCAGGCCAUAAUUUCGCUGGGCGUCAGGACGAAGUAGUAGACGUUAUUUUGGAGUGGUUAGAAAGACACCACUCAGGUGCUUUAGUGACAGGGGUAUUACGGACCGGAGUUCGAGGAAGGUUAUAA